GCACUUUAGUCACUUCCUCUCUGUCCUAGGAGCGUGGUAAAGAUGGCGGAGCCAAACUCUGUCCCGAGUGAUCUCUAUAAAUGCGUUUAUUCGUUCCUGCUGGAGAACAAGUUCACCAAGGCGGCUCAGCAGUUCCUCAAGCAGACUAAAGUUAUUCCACAAGAUCAAAAUGAAGAAAGUCUGGUCAACAUCUACAACUUCUGGGUGAAGUCUCCUGAGGCCAGGAAACGGAAAGCAGCUCCAGCAUCAGUUAAUGGACCAUCAGCCAAGAAGGCCAGGCCCAGCGCAGAAAGCUCCAGCAGUGAGGACUCAAGUGACUCUGAGGAGGAGAAGAAGGCUCCUGUAAAGACUGCUCUUAAGGCUGCGCCUGCUGCUGCAGCGGGUAGCAGCACGAGGAAGAAGGACAACAGCUCUAGCAGCGAAGAGUCAGACUCUGAAGAUGAGCAACCUGCCAAAGCUCCUGCAGCGAAAGUCGUCACAGCAGCCAAAGCAGUUGCUUCUGCUCAGAAGAAGCAGGAGAGCAGCAGUGAAGACAGCUCCUCUGAUUCUGAGGAUGAACCACCAGCAAAGGCUCCUGCUAAAGCUGCUCCAGUAAGCAAAGCUGCAGCUCCAGUAAACAAAGCUGCAGCUCCUGCUGAAUCCAGCAGUGAAGACUCUUCAUCUGAAGAUGAAACUCCACCAAGCAAAAAACCCAAACCAGGACCGUACAGCGCCGUCCCUCCUCCUGCCUCCAUCCAGAAAGCUCCUGCUGCAGCUGCUGCUAGCAAAGCCAAGGCCAGUGAGUCCUCAGAGAGCAGCGAUGACAGUAGUGAUGAAGAGGAGAAGAAGAAGGCGGCUGUAAAACCUGCUCCUGUGAAGAAAACCACCACAAAACCUGCAGCGACCAAACCUGCAGCAAAGAAGCAAGAGUCCAGUUCAGAGAGCUCCGAUUCAAGCUCAGAUGAAGAAGAAGCCAAGAAGCCUGCGGCUAAAGCAGCCCCGGCUAAAGCAGCCCCGGCUAAAACAAUCCCGGCUAAAGCAGCCCCGGCUAAAGCAGCCCCGGCUAAAGCAGCCCCAGCUAAAGCAGAAGACUCUGAGGAAGACUCAAGUUCAGAUGAGGAGGAAGAGAAGGUGAAGAAACCUGCAGCAAAGACUCCUCCUGCCAAACCUGCUGCUGCUACUAAAGCUGCUGCGUCCAUCACUCCUGCUAAAAAGGAUUCCUCCUCUUCCUCAGAGGAUUCCAGCUCAGAGGAGGAACAGAAGGCGGUUAAAAAACCAGCAGCCAAAGCUCCAUCUGCAAAAACCGCUGCAGCACAGAAAGACGAGACCUCGAGUUCAGAAAGCAGCUCUGAAGAUGAGGCUCCAGCAAAGCCGCCCACCAAGGCCGUGACCCCGAAGGCCCAGCCUGCUGCCUCUAAAUCCCCUGCCAAGGCAGCAGAGACGAGCUCAGACUCGGAGGAUUCCUCUGACGAAGAGGACGAAUCCCCAAAAUCUAAGCCUGCUGCUAAAGCAGCUGCUGCUGCCCCUAAACCAGCUGCCCCAAAACUCGCUGCCCCAGCUGCAAAGCCUGCUGCAGCAGCAGACAGCAGCUCCGACUCCUCCUCUGAAGAUGAUGAGCCGGCGAAGACCAAACAAACAGCCCCUAAAGUGGCAACACCAGCUUCAAAAGCUUCAACUCCUGCAGCCAAACCUGCAACAGCAGCAGAGAGCAGCUCAGACUCUGACUCAUCAGACGAAGAAGAAGAGCCAGUUAAGGCUAAGCCAGCGUCAAAACCUGGAACACCUGCAGCCAAGGCAGCUACCCCAGCCUCAAAGCCUGCAGCUAAAAUUGCUUCUAAAACUGCAGCUGGCACAUCAAAGCCUUCAACACCUGCAGGAAAACCUGCAGCAGAAAGCAGUUCUGACUCUGACUCUUCUUCUGAAGAUGAAGAACCAGCCAAGGCUAAACCAACAGCAACUAAAGCACCUACCUCAGCCUCAAAGCCUACAGCUAAAACUGCAGCAGAAAGCAGUUCUGACUCUGACUCUUCUUCUGAAGAUGAAAAACCAACCAAGGCUAAAAUUACAGCAACUAAAACAUCUGCCCCAGCCUCAAAGUCUGCAGCUAAAACUGCUGCUAAAACUGCAGCUGGCACAUCAAAGCCUGCAACACCUGCAGGAAAACCUGCAGCAGAAAGCAGUUCUGACUCUGACUCUUCUUCUGAAGAUGAAGAACCAGCCAAGGCUAAACUUACAGCAACUAAAGCACCUACCCCAGCUUCAAAGUCUGCAGCUAAAACUGCAGCUGGCACAUCAAAGCCUGCAACACCUGCAGGAAAACCUGCAGCAGAAAGCAGUUCUGACUCUGACUCUUCUUCUGAAGAUGAAAAACCAACCAAGGCUAAAAUUACAGCAACUAAAACAUCUGCCCCAGCCUCAAAGUCUGCAGCUAAAACUGCUGCUAAAACUGCAGCUGGCACAUCAAAGCCUGCAACACCUGCAGGAAAACCUGCAGCAGAAAGCAGUUCUGACUCUGACUCUUCUUCUGAAGAUGAAGAACCAGCCAAGGCUAAACUUACAGCAACUAAAGCACCUACCCCAGCUUCAAAGUCUGCAGCUAAAACUGCAGCUGGCACAUCAAAGCCUGCAACACCUGCAGGAAAACCUGCAGCAGAAAGCAGUUCUGACUCUGACUCUUCUUCUGAAGAUGAAGAACCAGCCAAGGCUAAACCAACAGCAACUAAAACAUCUUCCCCAGCCUCAAAGCCUACAGCUAAAACUGUCGCUGGAGCAUCAAAGCCUGCGACACCUGCAGGAAAACCUGCAGCAAAACCUGCAGCAUCCUCUGAAAGCAGCUCUGACUCUUCCUCUGAAGAUGAAGAAGCAGCUAAACCCAAAGCUGCAGUGACCAAAGCAGCAACCCCGGCCUCAAAGGCUGCCGCCUCAAAGCCUGCUACUCCUGCUACUCCUGCAGCAAAAACUGGUAAAACAAAGAGCAGCUCAGAGUCUGACAGCUCCGACUCAGAAGAAGAGGCCUCUCCUGCUAAACCUGCAGCCACCAACGGCAAAGCAGCGACUCCUAAAGCUGCAGCUACAGUGGCAAAGGCAACUGGUAAGCCUGCUGAGUCUUCGUCCAGUGACAGCAGCUCUGAGGAGGAAGCAGCCUGUAAAACUAGUCAAGUUAAAGCUGCUGCUGCAGCAAAGAGCAAGACGAUGGCGGCAGCCAAAGCCGAGGAGAGCAGCAGCUCCUCAGACAGUUCCUCAGAAGACGAAGCUCCGCGGAAAGCAGCCACGGCUCCCCCCACUCCCACAGCCAACAAUACAAAUGGAAAGAGGAAACGUGAUGAAGAGUCAUCAGAAAGUGAAGAGGAGGAAGAGGCAGCUGUAAAGACGCCAAAAAAUAAGAAAGUAACGACCACACCGCAGACUUUCCCCAAAGCCAACAAGAAGUCCACCAACGUACCGUUUCGUAGAAUAGUCGAAGAACGCGUAGAAGUCGAUCCCCGACUGGCAGAUAACUCCUUUGAAGCUAAGCAUGGAGCCAACGGAGACUGGGGACAGAGAGCUAAUGAGGCUCUCAAGUUUACCAAAGGAAAGUCAUUCCGCCACGAAAAGACGAAAAAGAAGAGAGGGAGCUACCGCGGCGGAGCCAUUUCCACCUCAGUCAACUCCAUCAAGUUUGACAGUGAUUGAUCUCUCUUAAUCCAGCUGUAACCCAGCUGUGUGCUCAGGAAUCUGUUGUUUGGUCCCUCAGCCCUUGGAGAUGGUCUGCGCAUCACCUGAGCAACUGAGCCCAGCUGGCACUUAAUGUACUCAUCUACCUUUGGUCUUUGAUCUGAUUCAAGGUGUGAUAUUACUUAUGGCCACUAGGUGGCUGCAGGCCGCCAAUUGAUGGUACAGAGCUGAAGCUUAUGUUAACCUGCCCCUCUGUCUCAAACGAUUUGUGUCCUGUAACUUUCAUUCUAUAGGUUUAAUUGUGAAUUAUCUCUCAGUGAAUGAUAUCCAUCCGACCUAUCAGGCUCAGUAUGUGGUUAUUUUUUUUUUUUUUGUAAUGGAUCUGAGGUAUUGUUAAAUUUAGAUUUGGAGCAGUGAGUGUUUGGGCUUUUUUUCCCCUCUUACAAUCACAGUAAACAUUAAAGUUUUAUACUGUAUUUAUAGUCAAAUUUUAUUCCAGGUGGGAUUGUUAGAGCCACCAAUUUCUGCUCCAUGCCUUUUCUAAAGGAACUUUUGUUUUGAUCCUGUUUGUUUUGAUGUGAGGAUGCUCAUGUUAACCCUCCACGUUUUUCAUUAGUGAUGAUGAAUUAUUAGUAAAACUGAGAGCCAUCUUUUCAGUGUAAUGUUGAAGCUUCUGUUUUUUUUUUUAUUCUUUUAACUUUAAAUAAAAAUCUAACAAUAAAAUAUUUGCGUUGA